CCGCCGCACAUAGGGUCAAAGGCGGCGCUGUCGCCCUGGCGACCAUUUCCCAGCUCCGUGGCGCCGCGAGCUAAGCCUUCUUCGGGAGAAAUACGGGGCCAAGAAGCUUAGGCCAUGUCGGUCGCCGCAUCGUUCCCGAUGCGCACGUCCUUCUCUGCGGUCGAAGAGUUGCCUGAGACUGAGAAGAACGCUGGGGAGUCCGAGAAUACCUAUAUUCUGCGGCCCAUUUUCCAGCAAAGGUUCAGACCCUCUGUGGUUAGAGACUGUAUCCAUGCUGUGCUCAAGGAGGAACUGGCAAAUGCUGAAUACUCUCCAGAAGAAAUGCCUCAGCUCACAAAACGUUUAUCAGAAAAUAUUAAAGAUAAAUUAAAAGAAAUGGGAUUUGACCGAUAUAAAAUGGUGGUGCAAGUAGUGAUUGGAGAACAAAGAGGGGAAGGUGUAUUCAUGGCUGCUCGCUGUUUCUGGGAUGCUGAUGCUGACAACUGUACUCAUGAUGUUUUCAUGAAUGACAGUUUAUUCUGUGUUGUAGCGGCAUUUGGCUGUUUCUACUAUUGAAUCUUUGAAAGCUGGAAAAAGAUAUGACUAUGAAGAAAUAUGAAGUUUUUUAUAUUGUUAAAUAUCUUGACAAAAUAAAGUUGGCAGUUUGGCAAC